UCCGCUCGUCUCCGUCAGCAUUUGCUGUCAAUGGCUUUCAGGACUUAUCUUAUUUGAAUGUCUGGGCUUUUUACACUCUCGUCCAAAGAAACCAAUAAUGGAUAUUCUAUGGAUUUUAUGGAUAAUACCCAGCGUGAUAGCAGUAGAAGAGACCCUGAUGGACUCCACCACCGCCACAGCAGAGCUAGGCUGGACAGUCUACCCUGUGUCGGGCACCAGUGAAAACAGCUGGGAGGAGGUGAGCGGCUACGACGAGAACAUGAACACCAUCCGCACCUACCAGGUGUGCAACGUCUUCGACAACAACCAGAACAACUGGGUCCGCACCAAGUACAUCCGGCGGCGCGGCGCCCAGCGCGUCCACGUGGAGAUGAAGUUCUCGGUGCGCGACUGCAGCUCCAUCCCCAAUGUGCCGGGCUCCUGCAAGGAGACCUUCAACCUCUACUACUACGAGUCCGACUCGGACUCGGCCACCAGGAACUCCCCGGCCUGGAUGGAGAACCCGUGGAUCAAGGUGGACACCAUCGCGGCCGACGAGUCCUUCUCCCAGGUGGACCUGGGCGGGCGGGUAAUGAAGAUCAACACGGAGGUGCGGAGCUUCGGGCCCGUGUCGCGCCACGGCUUCUACCUGGCCUUCCAGGACUACGGCGGCUGCAUGUCGCUGAUCGCCGUGCGCGUCUUCUACCGGAAGUGCCCGCGCGUCAUCCAGAACGGCGCCGUGUUCCAGGAGACGCUGUCGGGGGCGGAGAGCACGUCGCUGGUGGCGGCGAGGGGCGUGUGCAUCGCCAACGCCGAGGAGGUGGACGUGCCCAUCAAGCUGUACUGCAACGGCGACGGCGAGUGGAUGGUGCCCAUCGGGCGCUGCAUGUGCAAGGCCGGGAACGAGGCGGUGGAGAACGGGACCGUGUGUCGAGCUUGUCCGUCAGGCUUCUUCAAGCCAACCCAAGGUGACGAGUCCUGUAUGCAGUGUCCCAUCAACAGCAGAACCACCAACGAGGGAGCCACCACCUGUGUGUGUCGGAACGGUUACUAUCGCACAGACUCCGACCCCUUCCAGAUGCCCUGCACAACCGUGCCCUCGGCCCCCCAGACGGUGAUCUCCAGUGUGAACGAGACGUCCCUGAUGCUGGAGUGGAUGCCGCCGCGCGAGUCUGGGGGCCGCGAGGACGUGGUCUUCAACAUCAUCUGCAAGAGCUGCGGCGGGGGCCGCGGAGGCUGCACGCGCUGCGGGGACAACGUCCAGUUUGUCCCCCGGCAGCUGGGCCUGACGGAGCCUCGCGUCUACAUCAGCGACCUGCUCGCCCACACGCAGUACACCUUCGAGGUCCAGGCAGUCAACGGCGUGUCGGACCAGAGUCCCUACUCUCCGCAGUACGCCUCGGUCAACAUCACCACCAACCAGGCUGGUGAGUGGCAAAAUGACGGCCAGUUCACGGUGAUCCAGCUGGUGGGCAUGCUGCGUGGCAUCGCCUCGGGCAUGAAGUACCUCGCCGAGAUGAACUACGUCCACCGCGACCUGGCAGCACGCAACAUCCUGGUCAACAGCAACCUGGUGUGCAAGGUGUCCGACUUCGGCCUGUCCCGCUUCCUGGAGGACGACACCUCCGACCCCACCUACACCAGCGCCCUGGGAGGGAAGAUCCCGAUCCGGUGGACGGCGCCUGAAGCCAUCCAGUACAGGAAGUUCACGUCGGCCAGCGACGUGUGGAGCUACGGCAUCGUCAUGUGGGAGGUCAUGUCCUACGGGGAGAGACCUUACUGGGACAUGACCAAUCAGGACGUGAUCAACGCCAUUGAGCAGGACUACCGGCUGCCCCCACCCAUGGACUGCCCCAGCGCCUUGCACCAGCUCAUGCUGGACUGCUGGCAGAAGGACCGCAACAACAGGCCCAAGUUCAGCCAGAUCGUCAACAACCUGGACAAGAUGAUACGCAACCCCACAAACCUGAAGGCCAUGACUCCGCUGUCGUCAGGGAUCCAUCUGCCUCUGCUGGACCGCAGUGUCCCAGAUUUCUCCUCCUUCAGCACGGUGGACGAGUGGCUGGACGCCAUCAAGAUGGGCCAAUACAAAGACAACUUCGCCAGCGCCGACUUCUCCACUUUCGACCUGGUCUCCCAGAUGACUAUGGAGGACAUCCUGAGGGUGGGCGUGACGCUAGCCGGACACCAGAAGAAGAUCCUCAACAGUGUCCAGAUGAUGCGGGCCCAGAUGAACCAGAUCCAGUCAGUGGAGGUCUGACUCUGAUGGAGGAGGGGAGAGAGAGAGAGGGAGACAGAGAGAUAAAGAGAGAGUGGGGGAGAGAGAGAGGGAGAGAGAGGGGGAGAGAGAGAGGGAGAGAGAGGGGGAGAGAGAGUGGGAGAGAGAGGGAUGCAGGGUUUGGGGUGAGCAGUGGGGGGAGGAUGGAGUGGAAGUGUUUUCGUGUGGCGGUCCGGUCCCUGGUGCCCUCUCCAACCCCUCUCCUCCCCCAUGCCCACCCCCAUCCCCCGGCAUCCCCAUGACCUUUACCUUUGGGAUGGUCACUGCCGGGUUGUGGAGAAGAUGUCGACGUGGUGACCCACCACCCAAUGAGACGCCAGGAUUACGGAAGGCCACCGAUGAGCGGCAUCUUUCUUCUUCCAUUUUCCACAAAUCGAUUAGUUUGGUCUUGGAGAAAAAUUUGGGUUUGUUUGUUUUGAGAAUUUUGUAAAGAUUAUUUUUUUUUAUGAUAAAAAACCUGAGAAAACACAAGCCAUCUAUAUACAUAUAAAGAUGGCUUGGUGUUGUAAGCUAGGGGCACUGAAUAGUAAGGCUACCCUUUAAAAGGGCAAAAAAAAAGAAAAAAAAAAGAAAAGAAAAAGGAUCUUUGGGAGACGAGGCCUACCUUUUAGAACAGGUCCCCAAAUCUUCUGUGAUGUUUCCGUUUGGAUAUCUCACGGUGUUACGCCUCCUCAAAACCAUCGUGUAGAAGAUCAGAGGAAACCUGAUGGACACUCCCAACACUGACUUGGGAGACAAAUAUGUGACGUAAAUGAAAACCAUGAAAUGGAGCUCUUUGGGCAAAGAAAUUCAAAAUGUCUUCAAAUAUAAAUCGACACCGAUUUCCUUUCAACUCAUAGCGAGUAAUUUCUUUAAUUGUGUGAAAUUUGUGAUGAUUUGCUUUCGCACCAUGCUUCUUCUCACUGUGGACAAAUGGAUUUUUUCAGUAAUUUUUUCUAUGAGAACAUCACAACCUGCCAAAUGGACCAUCUUCCCCUUGUACCUCAUCAUGAUCCUGUACAUAUCAGAUGCACUUGACAUGGGGGUGAUGUCAUCACUAUGCGCCGGCCAUACGCAGGUACCAAGCCCUGUCUGACUGUCCUCUCAGUUCAGGAGCUCAUGGAUUGACUUUAAACGUGUGGUUGACUAGUGGGAGGGUAUUUGUUGUUAUAAUUAUUAUCUUUUCCUUUUUCCUUUCUUUGCAAAGAUGUUAGUUGUGAAUUUUGAAGAAUCAGUGUAAUAAACUUCAACAAACAAACUUCCUCUAUAGAGGUAUAGAAAAAAAAGAGAGUUGGGUUGUUUUCCCUUUGCUGUUUACAUAGAAGGAACUUGAGUGCACAUAAUGUUUAGGUCGUCACAUUAUCUAGCAUGUUCCCUCCAUGCUUUCAGUGGUGUGUGUGUGUGUGUGUGUGUGUGUGUGUGUGGUUGUGUGUGUGUGUGUCUCCCAGUGUGGAGAAGCUGCUGUGAGAUAGCAUGCUGAGUUAAUGAUGGAUUUCACAGAGGGCUUUGAUUUGCCACAGUACACAGCAGAACACUGUUCUGUAAAAGGCUGGAUUUGACACACUUUACUGAAGAAGAAUGUGCUUACAUCACAUCUAGCUUUUUUUGCUUCUAGAUUUGUUCCUUCUAAAAUAGAAAAUGUAAAAAGAAAAAUUUAAGUUAGGGUUUUUUAAUUAUAUACCUGGUUGUUUUUGGUAAAUUGGAAAUGAUGAAACAAAACAAACAAAGUCUGUGUUCAUUAUAUUAAUAUCAUUAUUAUUAUUAUUGCAAUGUGAGGGUUUUCCUUACUAAGGUCAGACUAUCAAAUGCAAAUCGUUGGAUCUCUGGAUCUUCCACGACAUUUUAGAGCCGAAGGAGAAAAAAAAAUCCCAUUGGUUCACACGAGACCUUGUAGAUAACAGUCGUCCACUUUUCAUUUUUGUGGACUAUUAUAUGUUCGCUGUACAGCGUUAGCCCUGACUGAAGAACGGGCAGCCGUCAGUUCUCGCCAGUGUUGUUGUGGGCUACGUUUCGUCUUGGUGGUGGUGGUGAUGCUGUGUGUGUGUGUGUGUGUGUGUGUGUGUGUGUGGGGGGGGGGGGUACUCAGUCCAUCCAAAGCCCCUUAACCUAUCCACUUCCCCCAGAGAUGGUGAAUCACAGUUUACAAAACCAGCCAAAUGAGACGAUCCCGGCUGAGCCCCCACCCCCGCCCCCAGCCCCGUCCCCUACACCCUCCCGCUGGGCCGCCGUGAUGAGACGGAGCUCCAGAGCUCGGUGCUGAGUCAGAGCCAGGCACGGACAUCC